CAAAAACUUGAAGAAUAUUUGGUUCAAUGGCUACUACUGAAGAGUUAGCUAAUACUAAAGAAUGGCACGUCGUAAAGAACUGGCGAAAUGCACAGAAAGAGAAGGAGAGAGAACGUCGUAGAAUUCGUGAUAGAUUGAGAAGACAAACAAUGAGCAAUGAGGAGAGGGAAAAACACUUAGCUAGACGUCGAAGAAACUAUCAAUUGAGAAGACAAAAAGUGUUGAACAAUUCUUCAUUUUUAACUUGUCAAAAUUAUGACAGUACUACUAGUGCAGGAUACUCUAAUGAAGAAGAAAAUCAAGCAAUUGUUCCUGUUUCUGGACUUGGGGUUCAGUUAUCUGAUGUUACAUUUCAUCCUGAAUUGUAUAAAUCACAAGAAGAACCAGCUGAUGCAUCAAGUACAUUGCACCAAGGUACAUUUUGUAUAGUUUAAACAUAUGAACUUAUACUAUAACAGUGGUGCCUCUACUAUUAUACUGGUUACUUUGCUCAGACUCGAUCCUCCAAAACAUUUUGGAGAGUCUGAGCGACAUAAAGUAUUAG